UACAAAUAUACGUAUAAAAUAGAAUUUUCGUAGUUUGCGCACACAUUUUCAAAUACGCCUAGAAAAAGCUGGUUAUAUAUCCGUACGGUAAAAUGCAUAAGUAUCAUCUUUGAAUUAUUAUUAUUUACAUGACAAGGAUAAGAGAUCGACGUUUGAAUUUCAUCAUAUUGUAUCGGCAAGGUAAUAUAAGCCACAGGAUAAUAAUAAUGUGACUUAUUAUGCAUUGAGCGGGCGGUGAAUUCGGAGCAUGUAAUAGAGGAUCUAGUGAGAGCAGCAGCAUUAUAAACAGACAUUUAACGUAACGAGGCAGGCAAGCGAUUAUGGCAUUAUGUUAUCGUCGAUGAAUGUUACCGUCAUCCCGUUCCUGCUAGGGGCUGUUAUGUCGGUCAAAGACGUGACGCAAUGGAAUUUCGGCCCAGAAUACGUGUUCCAACUGAACAAAACCACUAUAGUAUUCAAGAACCGUAUAGAAUUUCAAGAUAUAACUGCAAAGGUGAAUUGUCGUCCAAAAGUAUCGUCCCAAAACACUCUACUCUGUCAUGCACACGAGAUCAUUAUCUCAAUGUUGAAGCGGCGGAUGUAUAAAACUAUAAGGACAAAUACAAUAACUCGCAUAAAGGGUAUCAUUCCUUUAGUAGUAUCGAAUAAAAUGUCAGACCAAUUAUUUGAAAUACAAUUUGGCAGGCAAGGUGUGCAAAGUGUGCAAGGUGUUAAAGUAGAAACAAGGAGAAAACAGGCACAUCAUUAUGACAGCGUCACAGAUAUCGUCGAGCAAUUCCACAUUGGCAUUGAUUUGAGUGUAGCAGCUGGAGAGAGCAUGAAAAAUUAUGAAAACGUGAAAAGUGGAUCACAUGUAAUCAGCUCUUUUCCGCAAAAUGAAGACACGACAAGAGCUAAAUGUAGCACGUCAUGUAUCAUUACGUAUACACCAGCAAAUAAAUGUAAUAAAAAUGGAGAAUUUAAAGUGAGAAGGAAUAAAAUGAAAUUCGAUUUUCACCUCAGAUUGCUACCGAUAUCUUACACGAAUCCCAACAGUAAGACUUUUUCGAUAAAGAGAACUAGAAUGACAUGCACUCAUCAACCGCAAUACCUUACGCUUUUUGAUGAGAAGUGGAAGAUUCGCAACAUGACAGAAUAUUUUAAUAAAAUGGAGAUCCAUGACAAAAAACCGAGGUUCACAAGUCACACUCAUUUAGAAGGGAAUGUAUUUUUCCCAAGAAAUAUGCAUGCGUAUUACUUUUCGGAAGAUGUGUACCUCCACCUGCUCCGUAUCAGACCUGCGCAAAAUAAUAAUACAGCUGAAUAUGAAUGAGAUUAUGAAAUCAGAGAAACAGGACAGAUAAAUAAUUACAUCGAAGCAUAAGAGAUAAAAAAAAUCUGAGAAGGCUUACAGGCAAAGUGGAAUUUGUCGUUAUAUAGCUGUUCAAAAGAUUGAAUAAAUAAAAUUGUAAAAUUAUGCUAACACGUCAUAUAUCAUGACGUAUACACUAAGAACAUUUGUCAAACUAAUGAUUUCUUUCUUGUUUUCUAAUCAAUGAGGGAUAGUAAAUUUUAGUCAGCUCUUGACAAUAAUAAUCGGAAUAAUAAUUUUUCGUAAAAAAUUAUGAUAUUU